ACCUCUGCGUGCUGUUCUUCAUUCAGGGAUACCUCAUUUUACAUCACAGCGAUUUCAAUCUCAGAUAUGGACAAUCGAACUGCCUAAAGGCACAAGGGUUUGAAGUGUUAACCUCUACGGACGGACUUGUUUUGAACCUCUGGAGAUACCUCACCGCUACAUGCUAGCUGCUGUUACUUAACGAUGCGAGUGUUGCAUUGCUGGGUUCAUUCAUUUUGGCUAACGCUGGGUUUCUAUUGGCGGCUCAGACUCACCUGAGCUGGGUUUGGUCACCUGCCAGCCCCAGGUACUUGGAACAUUACAUACUAGUCAUUCAUUCCUUCCUACCGUCCUCUAGCUAAAGGUAAAACUGUGAUUUUAUGUCGAAUUAAGGGGUCAACAGGCUCGACCACGUCACCAGCUGCUCUUCAACGAAGCCUUUUUGGAUCAUUUUCAGUUUAUUCACUUUAUUCCAACUAGCAUGGAUUAUGAACAGAAAGCAAAGACAGUGGCUGACUGUCUGAUGGGCUACAAAAGAGACGAGUCUGGUUGGAAAGUCUGCAAAAAAUCAAAUGACGUGGUUGUAUCUUGGCGUCCCUCGACUGAGUUCCCCGGGAAUGUGUACAAAGGGGAGGGCGUGGUCAACGGCAGCCUGGACAAAGUGUGGGAGUGUCUGAAACCCAUCCCCAACGGGCUCCGGGUCAAGUGGGACAACAACGUCAAAAAGUUUGAGCUUUUGGAACAAAUCACAGAGGACAUCUCCAUCUGCCGAACAGUCACGCCCUCAGCAGCUAUGGGCAUCAUAGCUCCACGAGACUUUGUAGAUGUUAUUUUAGUUAAGCAAUAUGAAGAUGGCACCAUUACAUCAAAUGCCACUAAUGUGAGUCACCCAGUGUGUCCUCCUCAGUCUGGCUACGUGAGGGGAUUCAACCACCCCUGUGGAUGCAUCUGCGUCCCCAUCUCAGGAGAGCCAAACAAAACCCAGGUGUUCAGCUUCUUCCAGACAGACCUGGGCGGCUUCCUCCCACGCUCCGUCGUCGACUCCUUCUUCCCCUCCAGCAUGGCCGAGUUCUACAGUAACCUAACCAAGGCCGUCAAGUCCCUCAAGGACCUUUGACACCUGAACCCACCUUCAGUCAGGCCUGAUGUUUAUUCCAUUUCCACACACAGCCAUCGAUCAGUACCUGAGGUUAUCGGUCACAGACACAGUUCUGUUGUUAAUGUACAUUCCUUCUACUGCAGGUGCACAGCAGUGAUGUUUCAGAGUCAGUAUGCGCUUGUAAGAGCAGCGCUGAACAGUAGGGGUCGAACAAGUGUUUAUUCAGAGCCGAUGCCCUGAAUACGGUCAGCUGAGACAUAACCCCUCUGGUGCGUUCAGGGUCUCCUCCCAGUCGGUCGAUCUGCCACUCUGUCUUCCCCUCAUGAAAAAGAACGCAGGAUGACAUCUCUGCCUUUUCCAGGUGAUGUGAUCCUGUUGGGUCCAUGAACCUGCAGCUCACACUAGGCUGGUUCACAGAUGGGCGGGAAGUGACCAGGAUGAAAACCACCUCCAGGUCUGAGGCCGUGGUUCUCUGCCAGAGGGGGGUGGAGCGCACCCUCCAGGUUGGGAAAGAGUUGCUGCCC